CAAGGUGUUAUUGGUAUACAGGAAAGCUACCAGUUUGGAUUCAUCACUCUGAUCAUAUAAUCUGGGAAGGUUGCAGGGAUUGUGCUUAGCAGUGUUUUACUUUGCACUCACAAGUGACUUAGAAGCUGCCUCAUCAGAAGGUGCCUUCACCUUGGAGGGCCAGGGCAUGGAGAUAAAGAGAACUGUUGCAAGAAGCCCAGGGAGUGAGGAAAGGAGGGUGGUAGCUCUAGGGGAGAUCCUGACAGCUUACUCCAGACUAGGAGACUGGUAAUGUGUCUGUCCCAGCCUGCAACUGUGAACAGGGUCCUCUGGAAGGACAGGUACAUGCUCACUCUGUCACAUCAAGACCAUCAGGAAUUCCAAAAAGAAUCACUGAUUUCUAGGCUUAGUUUACAAAACAGAUGUAUAUGUGUCUAUGAUGACACGUGGAUGAUGUGAUGACCUCACAUUCUGUGCUCUUCGUGCUAUGGCGGUCCUACCUUAGUUCUUGUGCUUGCAAUCCUGCCUGGCUAUGAUCCCAGGGGCCAGCAGAUCCCUUCCGGGCAGAGUCUCAUUGCAGUAUGGCUCCUUCCAUUUCUCCUUAUGUCAUCAUUGCUGCUGGGAGGUUUUGUUUUGGGUUAUUGCCCAUGAACAUUUCCAAAAGCAGGAUUCCUGAAUCUGCAGAAUGAACCCUUUUUGUUGCCAUUCUCCUUUUGGCAAGUGAGUGUGUAGGAACUUUGCUUAGCUGUGACCCCAUGUGGGUGCCAACAGCACUGUGCAUGGGUGCUGUUUGUAUUUGCCCCAUAUUUAGGUAGUAACAAAGCACAAUUGUAGCCUCCUCAGACUCCAUUUCUGAUAUUCUGUGGCAGUGACUUCCAUUUUGUCCCGGCAUCUUUACAGGACUUUUUAAGAUCCAGCACUUUAAUAUUUAAAAAUAUAUAUACACACCAUGCUUCUUUUCUGUCUGAACUCCUAUGUUGUUCUCAAAUAGCAAGCCUGGAAUUGGGCCUGGGGAUCCUUGGGGGAAACCAUGCAGUGGAACAACCUUUGAUUCCCCGCGACUUGGGAGACUGAGGCAGGAGGAUCACAAGGUCAAAGUCAGCCUCAACAACUUAAUGAGCCCUGUGUCAAAAUUUUUAAAAGACUGGGGAUGUGGCUCCAUGGUAGAAUCCUCUGGGUUCAAUCCUAAGUAUUAAAAAAAAAAAAAGAAAAGAAAAAGAAAAAGUUUUCGGUGACCCCAGUAGUUCCACUUCCCUGCCUCAUACUUGAGCUUUAGGUUGAGGCAUAGUAUUCACCCAUCCUGGCGUCCUAUCACAGGCAUAUUACAGGAAACCCAGACUUUUAUCUGCCAGUGCAGAAAUAAAUAAAAAUGGAAAAUUAGGUAGUGCCAAUUUUUAAAUUCAUUGUAUUCAAUUUUAUGAGAAUACAGCCAUAUGUGAUAUGCUUUCUUUGUGUUAUUCUUUUUUUUUUAACUUGGCAGUAUGUGUAGUUCAUCCAUACCACAGUAUAUGAUACUACCCUCUGAUCUAAGGCUCGCUCAGCUAGCCAUCUUUUCCCUCCCUCCUGGUCACACACAUAUUGGCAACCUGGUAUGUCUUUCAGUUCUCCUUCUGUUAAUCUCUUUGAAUCAGAUAAUAUCAUCUCGUCCAGCAGCAUCUAAGUCACUCCUGUUGUGAGCACUCUCUGCUCACCUAAUAUCUGUAAGGCCCUGAGGGUGUCAUCUCCCAGCUUUGCAAGGGGGAGCUGCAGUGCCACAGACCCAGAGUAUGGCAAGCAGGCUGGCCCCAGGUCCUGUGACACACACACACCCUUCUUGGACUUGGGUCAUGGUAUACAAAAUAAGAGCAUCAUCCACGUGUCAUCCCACCCCAUAUUUUGACUCUCAGGUAGCCCUCACAGUAUAAAUCAUCUGGCAGGUGCCAACCGUGGUGACAUUUGCUGCAACACCAUUGUUGUAUCUGCUGUUGCUUAUGUCUAUCCCCCUAGGGUACCUGCUCUCUCAGGGCCUGUCUGAUUGGCUUAGAGAUGUAGGUGGCCUUCCUGAGAAAGAAUAUGAGAAAUUCUGCAUCACCAUCUCUGCCAGCAGAGGACGUACGCUCCUUACCUGUUGCUGUGCCAAAAGUUUAAAAGUGUAAUCUCUUUGCUCCUGUAAUUUCAUUAAUUAAUUUCUUUUUUUUUAAAGAGUGAGAGAGAAGGAGAGAGAGAGAAAGAAUUUUAAUAUUUAUUUUUUAGUAUUUGGCGGACACAACAUCUUUGUCUGUAUGUGGUGCUGAGGAUCGAACCCGGGCCGCACGCAUGCCAGGCGAGCGCGCUACCGCUUGAGCCACAUCUCCAGCCCUCAUUAAUUUCUUUAGCAAAUGUUCCACCAUGGACUACUCUGCUGGGCCUCCCUCUGGUUUGUUGGUACAACAGGAAGGGGUGGUGUGAAAGCUGAGUGGGAUGUUGGCCUCCAGGAGGUGAAGAGGCUGCAGCUCCCUGAAGAAGGUUGUAAAAUUCAGAAUAGCUUCCUGGGAGCUGAACUGGGGACUGGAAGGAUUCUGAGCAGAAGACAAUCAUAGUAUUUCCCUGAGAAGGCAGAUGGAGUAGCUAGGCAGAUAUGGUGUUGGGAGCCAUAAGACUGAUAAGGGGUGGUCACAGGGCAGUGUGGUCAGGUUGAGUGAGGAUGGUAGACUAGGAGUUGGUGUGAGAGAAUGAAGAGGGGAGGAGGCUGUAUAGGUUUAUAGACCACGCUGGGAUAGAAGGGGGUGGGUGCUGCACUCUGGAUCUGUGGCACUGGAUCUGUACCCACUUAGUAUUGGAUGUUAAAUGUCUGAUACUACGAGAUGUCCAUGUGAAGAUGUUGAAUUGGAGGGAAUGGUGAUAGCCAGCUCAGAGGCACCAGAGGCUGGAUCUCCUGGGCUUAACAUCAUGGCUCGUGGGAUAACCAUGCUUGGCACCAGAUUUACAGGGAAACUGGUAUCAUCCACCAGCACAGGACGCAAGCAGGAAUAGGAACUGGCCUGCCCCAAAGCCUUGUCAUUGUCACAUAAGCAGCAUCUCCUGUGUCAGGCUUUCAGACCUGGAGACCUGCUGGGAGCCCCCAGAUGUGGUUCCUCUGGUUGUUCGUCAUUGGUCCUUCACCCAGGUGAAGUCAGGGCUGUAGUGUGACUUGGCAAGCUGACUUCUGCCAGGUUUCCAGGGAACCAAAUCUGAGCAUUUGCUGAAGGCCAAAUUCUCAUGCAUACCUAGUGAACGAGGAAGGGGGUGAUCGAAGGAUGCAUUUGAGAAGGCCCCAUUGAGAGAGUGGUACCCAAGAGACCAGUUGUGUCCCUGCUACCAACAGUAAACAAGGACUUGGCCACAUAGAGAUCAAAGGAGACACUGACCAGGGCUGUUUGGGAUGGCAGAAGCUAAGACUGUAAAGACUGCUCCUCUGAAGAGAUGAAGGAAAUGGAGACCACUUGGGGAGGAUCUACUCCCAUGGGAGGUAGCUGGAUAAGGGUGUGGUCCCUGGGAGGGUAGUUAAAUGACAAGAGAUGCAGAUCUCUCCUGGUGCAUGAUGUCAUGGAAACAACAGGUAUGGCGGGAGACAAGGUGUGCGACUCUACUAAAGGACAGGCAGGUGUCAGGAAAGUGAGCCAGAAGGGAGAAAGCAGAGCAAUGAGGCAGGUUUAUGUUCACACACCAUCUUUACCUAAUCCAGAGUUGGUUAGUGCAUAUCCCAUCUGGAGAUACAUAAGUUACUAAAUUAACCAUGGGUUCCCACUGAACUGAAAUUUACUGCUUAUCUGUUUUUUGUUUGUUGGUUUAUUUGGUACCAGGGAUUGAAUGAACCCAGGGGUGCUUAACUACAGAGCUACACCCCCACCCCUUUUAUGUUUUAUUUUGAGACAAGGCCUCACUGAGUUGUUGAGGCUGACUUUGAACUUGUUAUCCUCCUGCUUCGGCCUCCAGAGCUUCUGAGAUUAUAGAAUGCACCACCACACCCAUGCUUGUAGUCUUUUAAAUCCAUGCUUCUACCUGUGUUUGGCUCCAUCUGUCCCUUAUAGGCUACUCUCUGGUUUGAUUGCAGCAGCUUCAUCACUGGCUGAUAUCUGGUUCGUUGGGUACCCACUACAUACAUACUUCCCCACUCCUUUGAAUUCCAUUCUUGCCUAUUUUCCAAUAAAUGUUCAUGUGAAUUGUAAGGCAGUUUUAUGCAGAGACUCCUUUGGGAAUUCUAAGUAGGAUUGCAUUGCACUUUCAUCCACAGAAACAUGAGCUUUUGGAGAACUUCAGAAUAGGGAGAUUGGGAAUCAGCCUGUGUCUCCACCUGUUUCCUUGACCUGUGCCUCAGAGGCAGUAGUUGUUAGUUUAUUGUGUAUCUUCCUGAUAAUUGUGUAUGCAGAGAUGUUCUAUUGGACAUUUUAUAAAGAAAACAGGGAAUGAUCACCCUUGACCUCCUACCCCAGGUGUCUUAAAGAGUCCUAUUUGUCAUGGUGCCCAGCUAAGCCAGUUGCAGAUGCUUAAAAGGAUUGACUGGGUUUUUUUUUUUUUGUUGGUUUUGUUUUUUGGUACUGAGGAUUGAACUCAGAGACUCAAUCUCCACUGAGCUACCUCCCAGCCCUUUCUGUUUUAUUUAGAGACAGGGUCUUGCUAAGUUGAUGAGGUUGGCCUCAAACAUGUAGUCUUCCUACUUUAGCUUCUGAGUGGCUGGGGCCACAAGUGUGGGACACUGUUAAUUGUGCUCUUAUAUCACUUUUUAAAAAAUAUUUUCAGUUGUAGACGGACAUGAUAUCUUUAUUUAUUUAUUUAUUUAUUUUGGUGCUGAGAAUUGAACCUAGUGCCUCAAAUGUACUAGGCAAGUGCUCUACCAUUGAGCCAAAAUCCAGCCCCUGUACCAUGUUUUCAGUGUGUGCUUUGCCUUUGUCACAGGCUAGGCUCUGAGUCACUGUCACAGACCUCCCUCAAUGCUCCAGAAGAUGACCCAUCCUCUUUUGGACCAGCUGUGUCAAAGAGGUCUCUUGUCAGGAGACCUCUCAGUCCUCGCUUUCCCUAGCCUACUGGGUUAUGUUGGACACCUCUGUUUAUUCUGUCCUCUUGCAUCCCCAGCACCUACCCAGCCUCAGUCCUCUUCUCAUUGAUGAUGAAGGCUCCCCUAGUCUCAGACCAGAUCCUUGGGGUUACUCUGGACUCAGUUCGCUCCGAACCACCACUGCUCAUGUUUCUGCUUCCAACACCCUGGCCAAGCCAUAGGGUUGAGAGCCCCCACCUUAUUGGAGCACCAGGAUCACCAAAGGAUGUCUAGGAGUGUCCAUGGAUCUGUGGGUUGGGGUCUCCACAGGAGUGUGGGCCUUGAGCAAGACCACCUAGUCCCACACUGGUGGCCAUCCCCCUCCUUGUUGGGAGGGUGCUUGGGGAGGCAGCCUAGACUAAUGCUUGUAAACCCACAUAACGCAUGUACCUUGGGUGUAGAACAUGCAGGAGCCCUGGUGAGCUGGCAUCCUCUGGCUCAGCAGCAUAGUCCAGAGUCCAUAUGUGGUCAUGGUCCAGAGUCCUCACUGGCUCCCUUGCACAGGUUUGACCAUGAGGACUCCCAGGGGCCUAGGUAAUGAAGGUUUGGGACCCUGAGCCCUUAGAGGGCAUCAGGUACCCUUUAUCUGGAGCUCAGAGACCCUUGGCACUUCCUAACUGGGAUUUUCUGGGCCCAUAGCUAGAGAGCCCUGCUCUGGCUAGGAAGGCCCAGGAACCAUGUGUUUGUUCAGGGCUUGGACAGGUUCCUGCACUGUAGGAUCAGAGUUCUGGCACGGAAGUGUGUGGAAUAGCAGGCCUGUGGUGGGUGCUGCUCCUUGGGUCUCACCUCAGCAUGUUCUUCUCUGGCUCUGCAUGAGGACCAAGGACCCCUGGAGCUCCCUGCAGGAAGUCAGGAUCUGUCAGAGGCAAGGCCUGGCCCCUCACAUGUUCCCUCCCCUUCCACAGCCCCACAGGAACCUCCAAUUUCUGUCAUCCUCAGAGGCCCAAGAAACAAAGUAAUGGCAACUGCCAGACUCCUGCCACUGCCAGCAGAACACCAGGCUAAGGUGACCUUCGAGGAUGUAGCUGUGCUGCUCUCUCAGGAGGAAUGGGAUCGCCUGGGCCCUGCGCAGCGGGGCCUCUACCGAAACGUAAUGAUGGAGACCUACGGAAACGUGGUCUCACUGGGACUUCCAGGAUCCAAGCCCAAUGUCAUCUCCCAGCUGGAACGAGGGGAAGACCCAUGGGUCCUGGAUGGACAGGGGGCUGAGAGCCAGGGCUUGGGGAAUGGCCACUCAGACAACCUCAAAUGUGAUCGCACUGCAGUCUGUGUGCAGGACAGCUUAUCUUGUCCGUGGGAAUGCAAAACCAAGGAAGAGAACCAAAAUACAGAUUGGCCCUUAAAGCCGUUAAUUUCAGAUGAGGUAACAGUGCAUCUGGGGAAAGCAUCUUCAGGGAGCAUCGUUCAAAAACAUUAUAACCCAGAGCAGAGCUUCUGCCUGCAUCCAAGCCCUGUCGUCCCUGGCGAGGCUCGGGUCUCAAAUAGAAGCAGGCCACUGACUCCACACCCAGAAGCUCCCAGUGGAGAGAGGCCCUACAUGUGCAUCGAGUGUGGGAAGUGCUUUGGGCGGAGCUCCCAUCUUCUUCAACACCAGCGAAUACACACAGGUGAGAAGCCAUAUGUGUGCAGUGUGUGUGGGAAGGCCUUCAGCCAAAGAUCAGUCCUCAGUAAACACAGGAGAAUCCACACUGGCGAGAAACCCUAUGAAUGUAACGAGUGUGGAAAAGCCUUCCGAGUGAGCUCGGACCUUGCUCAGCACCACAAGAUUCACACAGGAGAGAAACCUCACGAGUGUGCCGAGUGUCGGAAGGCCUUCACCCAGCUCUCGCACCUCAUCCAGCACCAGCGGAUCCACACAGGGGAGAGGCCCUAUGUGUGCCCACUAUGUGGGAAGGCCUUCAACCACAGCACUGUGCUGCGGAGCCACCAGAGGGUACACACUGGGGAGAAGCCUCACCGGUGCAGCGAGGCGUGCGGGAAGACCUUCAGCGUAAAGAGGACGCUGCUGCAGCACCAGCGGGUGCACACUGGGGAGAAGCCCUACACGUGCAGUGAGUGCGGGAAGGCCUUCAGUGACCGCUCAGUCCUCAUCCAGCACCACAAUGUGCACACAGGAGAGAAGCCCUACGAGUGUGGCGAGUGUGGCAAGGCCUUCAGCCACCGCUCCACCCUCAUGAACCAUGAGCGGAUCCACUCAGAGGAAAAGCCCUAUGCUUGCUACGAGUGUGGCAAGGCCUUCGUGCAGCACUCCCACCUGAUCCAGCACCAGAGGGUCCAUACCGGGGAGAAGCCCUAUGUGUGUGGAGAGUGUGGGCAUGCCUUUAGUGCACGUCGCUCUCUGAUCCAGCAUGAGAGGAUCCACACGGGAGAGAAGCCCUUCCAGUGCACAGAGUGUAGCAAGGCCUUCAGCCUUAAGGCCACCCUGAUCGUGCACCUGCGGACCCACACUGGCGAGAAGCCCUACGAGUGCAGCAGCUGCGGCAAGGCCUUCAGCCAGUACUCGGUGCUCAUCCAGCACCAGCGAAUCCAUACAGGGGAGAAGCCCUAUGAGUGUGGGGAGUGCGGACGUGCCUUCAACCAACACGGCCACCUUAUCCAGCACCAGAAGGUGCACGGGAAGCUGUGAGCCUGGAGCCUGGUGGCUGCAGGAGGCAGCCUCACUACCCUCCCUCGGGGUUCAGUGCCACAAAAUAAUUGCAGGGAGAAGCACUGGGCAUGUUCUUCCUGUGGAAAAGCUGCAGAACUUAUGUUUUGUUUUCCUCAACAUCCUGAAGAUGUAUUGAAGAAUGACCGUGCAAUCAUAAUGAAGUUUGGUUGUAAAGAUAGCCAUAAUUCCUUGUUUCUUCAACAUUAGAUAAUUCAUUUGAAAGGAAUAACAAAAGGAAGUUAAAGUAAAAGGACUUGUCCUAAAAUACUCCCUUAUGUUCCCAGUGAGGUUCUUUCUCUUCUGAAGAUGCAUGCCUUUCCUAAACAGUUAGCCAUUUAGCUGUGAAACUUAGAACACUGGACUGUUUUCAGUAUUCUCUUGAAACACAGAAGUGCUGUGUGGAUAAAUUGAUAUACAACAUCAAGGAUCACAUGACAUCGCUGAAAAUUGUAACUGUGCAAAUACCUGUUUGUAUGAAAAAAAAAAGAAGUCUAAAGAUGUGUUCAUUAGAAAUUAUGUAAAUUAAAAAAAAAAAACUUUUAUCUGGUGCUUUAACUUAUCUAAGACCAGAAGGAAUGUCCUGCCACUUGAGUAAAAAUGCAACUAAAACAUGGCUGUUUUCCUUAAUACCUGUAGACUCUGCAUGCCAGAGAUUCUGGAUCUCUGGGGCCAGUUAGGUCCCAAGCAAGAAAAUAUUGCUGAAAAGAUGAUUCCUUGUUGCGCGUUGUUUUGUUUUGUUGGUACCAGGAUUGAACCCAGGGGCACUGGACCCCUGAGCUGCAUCCCCAUCCCAUUUAAUUUUUUAUUGUGAAUAGUCUUGCUGAGCUGCUUGGGGCCUCAGCCUCCUGUGGUACACCACCACACCCACAAUGCAUAUAUUUUUUUUAAAUUCUCACUCUUUUUUACUAGCUCUAAUAGUCCAUUCUUGUACUCCAGUUGUUUGGGGUUUGUUGUUGUUGUUGUUUAACUCCUGGCUUAAGACAGUCAUUCAUUGCCUGUGAUAAAUUUGGUUUAUUCAUAAUUAAAAAUUUGAAUUUGUUCAGAA